AUGAAAUUUAGCAGAUCCAAAGGUCGUCAUGUGCCGAACUUCAAACGUGGUUAUUUUGUUCCGUUCCUUGACAGUUUGAAAAACAUACUUUCAUUACCAGAAAUGUUCAAUAUUAUCACAAAUGAUGUGUUGUCAAAGGUCUCACUAAAAAAUGAUUUAAAAACUGAUAUUUUCCACGGAGAUUUUUGCCAAAAUCAUACGAUAUUUAAAGAAAAAAGCUCAUUAAAAAUUGUGUUAUACUAUGAUGAUAUUGGUAUAACAAAUCCACUUGGAACAAGAAAACGUGGUGUUGGAAUGUUUUAUUACACACUGUGCAAUAUACCUCGUUUUCUUCGUUCUCAAGAUCGUUCUAUACAUUUAGUUGCAUGCGCUGAUAAAGCGGAUAUCAAUGAAUUUGGUAUUCAAAGAUUGUUGAAAGAUUUUAUCGACUCAAUUAAUAUUUUACAAGAGAGUGGAAUUGAAAUUGAGCUCACCAACAGUAACUCAUCUAUCAUUGAUGCCACAACAAUAACAAUUUCAAAAACAAUGGUGCUCAAGGGCUCAUUGCUAGUGAUUGUUGGCGAUCUAUUAUCACUAGCCGGCAUCCAUGGAUUUAAAAUGGGAUUUCGUCAUGCACUUAAGCCGUGCUUCUUAUGCAAUAUUGACAACACAGAUUUAAAUACAAUUUCAGCUAUUGAUACAUGUCAACAUCGAACAAUGAGCGCUUAUUUAACUCAAUGCACAGAAAUUGAAAAUGCAAGGACAAAUGAGGAACGUGAUGUUCUUUGUAAGAAAUUCGGCAUAAAUCAUCGCUCAAUAUUUACAAAAAUUAAAAAUUUUGAUAUUUUUGAACAGACUGCAUUAGAUGUGAUGCAUCUAUUUCUUGAAGGUAUUUGUAAAAAACAGUUAACAUUAUUUUUCACAAGUGUAUCAGAGGGCGUUGUUUGGGACAGGCGGCAUUCCUGGACGAGCAUUUGCCCCGCUAUUGCUGAAUUUCGCUAUCCAACAGCCGAUGAAGCUCCCAGCUCCCCUACGAUGGUUACCGUAAACGGUAUCGUUAUAAUAGAUGGCUUUCCCGAGCGUUUUUUGGAUGAAUGUGUAUCUGUUGCUGAUUUAAAACAGAAAUUAAUAAAUGAAUUUAAUUUAAAUGAAAAUGAUGGUCGAGUGUUACUAUAUUUCGAUGAAUUUGUCAAGGAGUAUUGUGUUUUAAGAAAAUUAGAUUCAUUAUAUACAGCACCACCACAAAAGUUAUCAUUCGAAAAACUACCCAAUACAAUAACACAGGUCUACUUGGAAGCUGAAGGCGGAACACAAAUUAAAACAACAGCACCAGCAAUAACAACAGAAGCUCCUAGUGGGGAGAAUAUCGUCGCAGCUACAAAUAUGCUGCUCAAUAAAUCCUCUGUUGACAUUGUUUCUGCCUGGGAAAAUGAAGAAGGGGAAAUCACUUCACUUGAUCCAGAUGUGGAUGACAGUAACAGUUGUACAACGAAACAGCCCGUCAAACGUGAAUCAAACGAAGCAUUAUUUAGACAACGGUUAGCAAAAGCCAUUCGAAAUGAUCGAUUUCAACAACGUCUGAAGAUGAAAAAAAGUUCCGGAGCUCAGUGGGAUGAUCGGCAUCAGGCGGCUGCUGAUGAAGAGAAAGAAAACGAACAAGACGAUAAAGGAAACGAGGAGCAAGAUGAAGCCGAAUUAGAAAAGUACGUUAAAGCGCUUAACGAAUUAUUUAAUGAUGGAAUAUAUAGCAGCAACAAGAAUAGAUUCAAACAACUAAUUAUUUCGUCGUAUCAUCUUCGUGCUAAACAUGUAUCAAACAAUAAUAUAUUAUUUCGGGAUAUGAUUAAAAACAUGCCAUUUACGAAAACGCUCGAUUUCGUCAAAGCUGAAUUUGAAGUUCGCACUCAAUCAACAGUAGCCAAAACUUCCCAAAAUAUAUUAAAAUUAUUUGAUAAAUUAAAAAUAUUAUAUCCAGAUGUUGAUCAUUCACAAAUGCCCGAUGAUACAAAAAAGAGUUUUGAUGAAACAUUUGAUAAAAUGUGUAGUCAACAGCCAAAUACAUUUACCGUAGUCUAUUUGAAGAUUAAUGACGACGAAUAUGAUUUUUAUCUUAUUUACUCAAAUCUGUUAAAAUUCGACCUAACGGGUUCAACGAUAGCAGUUAUGUGUGCUGUAUUUUUAGCUGCUUUUUAUUCAUUCGAUCUCGGUUUUUUGACAAAACAAAAACCGGUAGCAGACGUAAUUGACAGUUACGCUUUUAACCAAAUGUCGAAAUAUAAGAACACAUAUGGAGUAAUAGCUAAACAGAUGCUAUUAGAUUUAGAUAAUGAAAAAAAAUAAACAGAUAGCAAAUAUAGUAUUUCUUAGAGCACAUCGCCUUUUUCCUACAUUUUUUAUGUUAAAUCAGCUUACUCUACCUCUUUUUUACUUUUUUAAAAAGACUUUUAAAUUAGAAAUCGCGUGAACCGGCUGAUUCUUUCUAUUUUGUACGAGUCUGUUUUCGCUUUAUGCUCUUCUGGUAAAAAACUUGUUUGUUGAAAAAAGUGACAUUAAAAAUCAAACAAAUUCGACGUUACUUUUAUUCUGUACGAUUUUAAAAACCGUAUGUAAAAGCGCAAUCAGUAGUAAACAGGAACAUUUACUUGUAAUAAUCUUCACUUCGCCGCUUCACACCGUUGUACACGGUUUCGCUGCUGAAAGAAUUGAACUUCGUACGACUGACUUCAAUGAUAAAAAAAGAAUGACAGAUCAACUGUACAUAUUUGCAUAUAUAAAAUUGUACAUACUUUUUCGUUUGAGAAAUAGGGAAAAGAAAAGAAACAAUCGUCGCAAGUGUUUAGAAACAGACGGACAGAUGUAUGUACGAAAAAACUCAUAUUUGAUAGAACGAAAGAAAAAAAUGUGCAAAAUAUAGCGUACACAGUAAAAGGGAGUUUCAGAAUUGAGGAGUAGUUUUGAUCUUAUCUACUUAAACACAGUAGAUCAGCUUUAGCGAAACUAGUAGUAACGAAACAGCUAGUAGCGGAACUCUUUUUUGAAAAAUCUCUCUUAUAAGCUUGUUUCUUUACCUGAUUUAGAUGAACAUUUUAAUUCCCACAUAUAAAAUAUAUAAUAUUAUUAAAUGAACUUCGAUCUUCAGGAAGUUACUGAGUCGACUACUUAUUGCAAUUAAUUUAAGUAGCGAUUCAAGUACCUGCAUUGUAUCGGGUUCUAAAACAUCGAAUUAAACCAGACAAAAUGCACUUAAGGCACUUUCAGG